AGCCACCGUAGUUGUUGCUUCUGACGACACAAUUGGGCACCCCGGAGACAAACAUGGCUGGUAAAGUAGGAAAACAGAGUCGUUCAGGAUCUGCCCUUCCAGGUAGAAAAGGUACAGGAGAGCAAGAUGAAGAGGAGCAGCCGCUUCAAGCUGUUUUAGUCGCUGACAGCUUCAACCGCAGGUUUUUCCCGGUGACUAAGGACCAGCCGCGGGCUUUGCUACCGCUGGGUAACGCUGCCAUGAUCGACUACACCUUGGAGUUCUUGACUUCCACCGGCGUGCAAGAAACAUUUGUCUUCUGCUGCUGGAUGGCCAGUAAAAUUAAGGCACACUUAUUGAAGUCAAAGUGGUGUAGAUCCACCUCUCCAAACACAGUCCACAUCAUCACCUCAGACCUGUACCGCUCUCUUGGAGAUGUUCUCAGGGAUGUUGAUGCAAAGUCUCUGGUGCGAUCUGACUUUGUGUUGGUUUAUGGAGAUGUUGUAUCCAACGUUGAUAUCAGUCAGGCACUGCAGGAGCACAGGCAUCGGCGAAAGAUGGAGAAGAAUAUCUCGGUGAUGACCAUGAUUUUUAAAGAGUCCUCACCAGGUCACAGGUCUCGCUGUGAGGAGGAUGACGUUAUUGUAGCUAUGGAUGGCAAGAGCCAACAGAUUUUACACUACCAGAAGACACAAGGACUGAAGAGGCUACAGUUUCCCAUGAACAUUUUCCACAGUGGAAAUGAUGAGUUUGAAAUCCGAUACGAUCUCCUGGACUGCCACAUCAGUAUCUGCUCCCCUCAGGUUGCUGAACUCUUUACUGACAAUUUUGACUACCAAACAAGGGAUGACUUUGUUCGAGGGAUUUUAGUGAAUGAAGAGAUCCUCGGCAACCAGAUACACAUGCAUGUCACCAAGGAUGGCUACGGUGUCCGUGUGUCCAAUUUACUCAUGUAUGAUUCCGUGUCGUCGGAUUUUGUGAGGCGGUGGGUCUACCCCCUAACGCCAGAGUCCAACUUCACAGACCAGGAGGGACACAUCUGCACAUAUUCUCGCCAUAACGUGUAUCGGGGUUCUGGAGUCAGCUUGGGCCAUGGCAGCCAGAUGGAGGAGAACGUUCUCAUAGGCUGUGAUACCAGCAUUGGUGCUAACUGUUACAUUUCUAACAGUGUCAUUGGUAACAACUGCACUAUAGGUGAUAAAGUGACGCUGGACCGUGCCUACAUCUGGAACAAUGUUCACAUUGCCAGUAAUGUGGUGAUCAGGCAGUCUGUGGUCUGUGACAAAGCUGAGGUCAAAGAGAAUGUGACUCUUAAGGAACAGUGUGUCCUGGCUUAUAAUGUGGUGAUUGGACCAAACAUCUCUCUACGAGAGGGAACGGUGGUGUCCAUGCACCAUCCAGAGGAGGAGGAGGAGGAAGAUGACGAUGAGUUCCUUAGUGAUGAUGUAGAAGUUGGUCAAAGUAAAGACAAAACCAAACAGAAAGUUUUCAACCCAGCAGACGUUGGAGCAGAAGGGAAAGGUUCAAAAUGAAGGCCAGUAGUCCUUGAUGACACAGAGGAUGACGAGCUGUCGCAAUGUCUGUGGGGUUUGGUGUUGAAACCAGAUCCUGAGAGUGACAGUGAGGACAGUGAGCCUGAUGGGCCUGACGAUCCAAUGAUUCCCUCCCCUGAGAUGGACGAUGUCAAUGUCUUCCAGAUGGAGGUGCUCGGGACUCUUCAGAGGGGUUUGGAGGAGAACAUCAGCUUUGACAAUCUUGUACUUGAAAUCAAUUCUUUGAAGUAUGCCUACAACAUCAGCCUGAAGGAGGUGAUGCAGAUUUUAACCAGAGUGGUGCUGGAGUAUCCUUUCCAGCAGCAGGGACCACAUCUUACUGCUUCACAAUACGUCGCUUUGCUGCUGCCGUUGUUAAAGAAAUGGGCAGUGUUUAAGAACUAUGUGAAGAGAGCACAGGACCACCUAGACUGCCUGUCUGCCUUUGAAGAACAUUUUCUGGAGCAGGAGAGCCACUGGGCUGCAAUGGUCAAGGUCCUGGGGUGUCUGCAACCCAGGGUCCUGAUGAACAUGUACCAACUGGAGAUCCUGGAGGAGGAGAUGAUACUGCGCUGGUUCACUCAGGGGAGCAUGACGGACAAAAGCAAACAGCUCCGCAAGAACCAGGGGCUUCAGAAGUUCAUCCAGUGGUUACAGGAAGCCGAGAGUCUUCAGAAGAGGAUGGAGAAUAAUAACCUAACUCUGUUAACAUUUUAAACCUGUAUUUGACAGAAGGGAUUUGGGUUGCUGUUUUUUUCCUCCACAGGAGCUUUCUGCCUCCACCAACCAUCAGAAUCUGCUUUGUAUGGGUGAAGCAGACAUCCGUUUCACCCCGUCAUGAAAAAGCUGUGCUCUGAAUGUCUGUCAAAAUAAAGAACAGGCCUCAGUCUGCUUUAAUUGAA